UCGAGAAACAACAUCUACAAACUCUCGAAAACUCUGCACAAUGGGUGACCGGUACAACAUCCACAGCCAGCUAGAACAUUUGCAAAGCAAAUACAUCGGCACGGGACACGCGGACACUACCAAGUACGAAUGGCUAACCAACCAGCAUCGGGACUCGCUUGCCAGCUACCUGGGACAUUACGAUAUGCUGAGCUAUUAUGCAGUGGCCGAGAAUGAGUCCAAGGCACGAAUUCGUUUCAACAUCAUGGAAAAAAUGCUGCAACCAUGUGGUCCACCUCCGGAAAAGACGGAAGAUUAGUAAGACACGUGAAUUGA